AUGAUGCUUUCAGAGGCGAACGAUUCUAUUCCCCGAAACCAGUUUCCGGCCAAUCUGAUCGUCCGACAUUUAACUGUAAAUGUGGAGAGAGAUACGGUUCGCGGAAGGCCCUUAUACAUCAUACCAUUCAAAAUCAUGAAGCUGACGUACCGUGCUUUGCAUGCAAUACCGUCCCUUUCGGAGCUAUCGGACCAUAUUAAAGCCAAACACGAGAAAGCUCUUAUUGUAUGUGUCUAUUGCAAGUCGGUUUUUGGCAAAGCCAAUGAUAUGACAGAAAACCAAUGGAAAAGGCUCAAGACACAUAUGUAUGGGGAACUAGUUUACGCAAAGCUUGCCGAAAUGCAGGAUUAA